CCGGUGAACCGGAAGUAGUAGGUUGACCCGGAAGCGGUUACAGCACAUAUAUCCGGAUCAUUUAGCGCGUGGAGGCAGCUUUGUCGGAUUAAGCUGAGGAAGAGCAGCACGAAGAUGUCAGACGAAGAAGAUGCAGUUCCGGUUGCAAAGAAAAGCCGUGUUUUCUACGGAAGCCUGGAGGAGAAGGAACGUGAACGUCUGAGUCUGCAGGCUACAGGAAGUGAUGCCGUGAGGGCGGGGAUUAAGGCUGGAAACAUCAACAUUUCCUCAGGGGAGACUCUGGAGAUUGAGGAUCGAGUCAGCGAGCGGCAGCAGGAAGUGCUCGCAGAGUUCGAGCGGCGGCGGCGAGCUCGACAAAUUACAGUCUCCACCGACGAUGCAGAGGUGAAGGCCGGCCUCCGAGCACUGGGGGAGCCAAUCACAUUGUUUGGAGAGGGGCCAGCUGACCGCAGGGAGAGAUUGCGAAGUGUUUUGUCUGUGGUUGGACCAGAUGCCCUAAAGAAGUCCAGGAAAGACGAGGACAGAGCCAGAAGGUCCCAGGAACAGUGUCUGCAGACCUGGUAUCAUGAAGGCUCCGCCUCCCUAAAACAAGCUCGACUGUGGAUGGCCAGAUAUUCUCUGCCUCGGGCCGUGGCUCGCCUGGAAGCUGCUCGUGCACAGAGAGAUGUUUCUGAGGCAAACAAGACCAUACAGCAGCAGGAGCUGCACAAGAGCCUGAGGAAUCUGAACAACUUCUGCAGUCAGAUUGGUGAUGAUCGGCCAAUCAGCUUCUGCCACUUCAGCCCCGACUCCAAGAUGUUGGCCACCGCGUCCUGGAGUGGGCUGUGUAAGCUGUGGUCAGUCCCUGACUGCAACCUCAUUCGUACACUUCGAGGACACAACACCAAUGUCGGUGCCAUCGUCUUCCGCCCGCAGUCUGGAGUCUCUCUGGACCAAUCAGAUGUCAAUUUGGCCUCAUGUGCUGCUGAUGGAACAGUCAAACUGUGGAACAUGGAGAGUGAUGAACCUGUGGCAGACAUUGAGGGUCACAGCGAUAGAGUGUCUCGAGUGGCCUGGCAUCCAUCUGGAAGAUUUUUGGGAACAACCUGCUACGAUAACUCGUGGCGUCUGUGGGACCUAGAGGUUCAGGAGGAGAUCCUCCAUCAGGAGGGUCACAGCAAAGGAGUCCACGACCUGAGCUUCCACCCUGAUGGCUCGUUGGUAGCUACUGGAGGGUUGGAUUCUUUUGGAAGGGUCUGGGACCUGAGGACAGGACGCUGUGUUGUCUUCCUUGAGGGACACCUGAAGGAGAUCUACAGUCUGCACUUCUCUCCUAACGGGCAUCAUCUGGCAACAGGAAGUGGUGACAAUACCUGUAAGGUUUGGGAACUGCGCAACAGGAAGUGUCUGUACACAGUCCCAGCCCACCAGAACCUGCUGUCCACUGUCCGCUUCCAACCCACAGACGGUCACUUUCUGUUGACUGGAGCUUAUGACAACACAGCAAAGGUUUGGAGUCACCCCGGCUGGACACCGUUGAAGACCUUGGCAGGACAUGAGGGGAAGGUGAUGAGCGUGGACGUGUCACCUGACGGGAAGCUGAUAGCCACCAGUUCGUACGAUCGAACGUUCAAACUCUGGUUGUCUGAGUGAUGUCACCAUUUGUUGUAGUAUGUCAACCCUGACUUCAUUUAAAAAUAUGACGUGUUCCAGUACUGGUUUUAUGUUUUCUAAUAAAAGAAAGCUCAGAUGAUGAA